AUGUCCUACUACUUCACCAUCAUCGGCACUCGCGACAACCCUCUCUUCGAGCUGGACUUUGGCACGUCGAAAGUGGGUGGAGAUGGCAUUGCACGAUUUCGAGAAGAGGCAAAGCAUAUGAACCAAUUCAUCGUACAUGCUGCUCUUGACCUUGUAGAGGAAGCUCAGUGGACUACCAAAGACCUCUACCUCAAGAAAGUCGACAGCUUCCAAAACAACCACAUCCACACCUUCCUCACCGGCGGCAACGUCAAAUUCAUGCUACUCAUGAACCCGGACCCGAGCGUCACCACCUACUCCAGCUAUCAGACCUCACCACCAUCACGACCUAACACGGCGCGACAAAGUACUCUGAUAGCUGCCAACCCGACAAGUCAGCAGACUGAAGAAGCUGUUAGACAGUUCAUGUUCGAGGUCUACGAAGCGUGGAUGAAAUGCAUCAUGAACCCCUUCUACCACGUAAACACCCAAGUCACAUCACCCGUCUUCCGAAGUCGCGUCAGUACCGCGGCAAAGAAGUACCUCUGA